ACUAGAUAUUUUAAUUGGGCCAAAAUAUCUUUGAGCACAUUCAUGGGUUGCGUUGUUACUACGAACUCAAUAUAAUAAAUGAGCAGCUAAGCUAGAGAUUCAUUCGCAAACACACAGCAGGUCCAUCGUCUGAAACUUAAAUUUUCCCCAAUUCUCAGAUCAGCAUCAAACCCUAGACCUCGAGGAACCAACCAUGUCGUCUAAGCAAGGAGGAAAGGCGAAACCUUUGAAGCAGCCAAAAACUGAUAAGAAGGAAUACGAUGAGCACGAUAUGGCCAACCUUCAGAAGAAGAAAGACGAGGAAAAGGCACUUAAAGAACUAAGAGCCAAGGCAUCGCAGAAGGGAUCUUUUGGAGGCUCUGGUCUUAAGAAGAGUGGCAAGAAAUAAUCCCGCUUUGUAUCCAUGAAGCGUGUCUUUGACAGUGCUUAUUUAUCAACUUAAAAUGUUGUGUAACUUCCUAUCAUGUCUGUAGGGGAGUGACUCUUAUCCCAUAACAUAUGUUUGCUUUCGCCACUUUUUCAUUUCAAAAGAAAAGAAAGAUGGUUUCUAUCUUAAA